GCCUUGGAAAGUGGCCAAGAGGCGUGAGAGCGACUCCGCCUCUGACUAAUGGGAAGAGCCGUUGGUGUGAGGUGGGAGCAAGGGCGACGGCGAUUGGUUGGAUGAACCUGAGCGUCUGAGGUGGGGGUAGCGGUGGGGGUCUGGCAGAGUAAGGCUCAGCAAGAUGGCGACCGAGACGGUGGAGCUCCACAAGCUGAAGAGCACUUCUUAAACUUUUGGAGGUCACAGAUAUCUUUGAAACUCUGAUGAAAGCUUGCUGAACUAAAACAAGAAUGUCUUGCUCGUGGUUUAGAGACCAAGGGAAUAAAACAAGAUCUUAUCAAUAGGCUCCAGGCAUAUCUUGAAGAACAUGCAGAAGAAGAAGCAAAUGAAGAAGAUGUACUGGGAGAUGAAACUGAGGAAGAAGAACCAAAGCCCCUAGAACUGCCUGUUAAAGAGGAAGAACCUCCUGAAAAGGCUGUUGAUAUGGCAUCAGAAAAGAAGGUGGUAAAAAUUACAUCUGGAAUACCUCAGACUGAGAGAAUGCAGAAGAGGGCUGAACGAUUCAAUGUGCCUGUAAGCCUGGAGAGUAAGAAAGCUGCUCGGGCGGCUAGGUUUGGAAUUUCUUCAGUUCCAACAAAAGGUUUAUCAUCUGACACCAAGCCUAUGGUUAACCUGGAUAAACUAAAGGAAAGAGCACAGAGAUUUGGUUUGAAUGUCUCUUCUAUCUCUAGAAAGUCUGAGGAUGAUGAGAAGCUGAAGAAACGGAAGGAGAGAUUCGGGAUUGUGACAAGUUCAGCUGGAACUGGAACCACAGAGGACACAGAGGCAAAGAAAAGAAAAAGAGCAGAGCGCUUUGGGAUUGCAUAAUGAAAAGUUCGUGCUUUCUGCCCCAUAGUGCUUUCCAUUUCUCAAGUAUUUCUUGGUUUUAUACAGACAUACACACGCAGACAACCCUACCUGCCUACCUGCCUACAUACACAGUCAUGUGCCUCACAGUGAGGAAGCAUGUACGUUUGCUACAUCCUUGAAUUCGGUAGCAGUUUUAUUUAACUGCUCUUCUGCAUUUAAGAUUGUUGUGGUUUUUGUUUUUAAUUAUUUUUGCUUAUUAAUAAAAAAGGAAGAAAAGAAAA